UAAUAAAAAACAUUAGAUUGUAAUCUGCAUCAUAUCAAGUUCUCAAAUUUGUGCCACAUUAGCGACUCCAGGCGACCUACCCUCCGUUCUGAUUGGCCAGUAAACCGGAAACUUUAGCUUCGGGUCGUCAAAUUCAGCGAUCAGCAGCUCACGUAACAUCAGACACCCUUGAAUCCUCGAGAGCAGGCAAUAUGUCUGACUGUACCACUUCAACUUCGAACGGCGCGGUAUGUAGCGGCUCUACACCUAAGCCUUGCGAGUCGACUCUGCCGUGUAAGGAGAAUACUGGCUGGAGGAGACUUGUACGCAAUUUCACACCAUCAUGGUUCGCCGUUUGUAUGGGUACAGGCAUCGUUGCCAUAUUGCUUCAUCACUUUCCGUACCAGGCAAUAUGGCUUCGGUAUAUUUCUUACAUUUUCUUCGCGCUUAAUGUUGUUCUGUUUAUUGUCUUCCUUGGUAUAAGCAUUGCGCGAUAUGCGUUGUAUCCAGAGAUUUGGUCGGCGAUGCUUGCCCAUGCUGGCCAGAGUUUAUUCUUAGGAUGCAUGCCUAUGGCCUUUGCAACUAUCAUCAACAUGAUGGUGUUCUGCUUACAGCCUUGGGGAGAAUGGGUAAUCUACCUGGCGUGGGCAUUCUGGUGGGUUGAUGUUUGGCUCUCCAUUGCCACUUGCAUCACGAUGCCCUUCAUCGUCAUGCACCGCCAUCGUCCUGGCCUCGAAAACAUAACUGCUGCACUCCUGUUACCCAUUGUACCAGCAGUGGUUGCGGCUGCUACUGGAGGAAUCGUCGCAGAGGCUCUUCCCAAUCAUGACCAUGCGCUUACAACUCUGGUGGCCUCAUAUGUUCUCUGGGGCAUUGGCGAGUUGUUCUCGGCCUGUGUUUUAGCUUUAUAUUUCCAUCGGCUGACCAUUCACUCACUUCCUCCGAAGGAGGUGAUAACCUCAUCUUUUCUCCCGAUAGGACCGCUUGGUCAGGGAGCUUUCGGUAUCCAACAACUUGGCAAAGUCGCUAUGCAAGUACUUCCCAAGACCAAUGCUUUCGGCGAAGUUGCGGUUCGAGCUGGUGAGAUGCUCUAUGUUCUUGGGGUCUUCCUCGCCCUCAUUAUGUAUGGUUUUGCUCUGGUCUGGCUCGCCUUUGCCCUCAUCAGCAUUGCUACAAAGCCCCCUUCGUUCAGUAUUGGUUUUUGGGGAUUUACUUUCCCACUCGGCGUAUUGGCAACCUGCUCAAAAUCAUUAGCAGAAAACCUUGACAGUGAAUAUUUCAAGGUUUCCACGGCGAUGAUAUCCCUCUCUGUGAUAUUGCUGUGGACUGUGGUUGCGACUCGAACCGCCAAGCUUGCUAUCACGGGUGAAAUGUUUCACGCACCCUGCCUGAAGGAUCUUCGAGACAAAUCUCAAGCUGCGGGUUCAGACAGAAGAGUCUAGGUGACCUUUAUCUGUCUUGCAUCCAACAACUUGACUGUGUACCAUACAUUGAUAAACGGGGGGUGCCUUUCAUAUUGGAUAGACACCAAAAAGUAAUGUUCAGCAUCGUUAAGGGGAGUUUACGAAUUGCUUACCCGGCAUUCCGAUAUCAUUAUAUAUAGCACAAAUAGUAUUGCCCCAUAUUAGUUAUUCUUUCCCCUCCUUUUGACAAUUCGCUUCUAUGCUGAAGGCAUUUACUUCGAGUCCUGGCCGUUCCGCU